AUGUUACGUGUUAACAUAACCAAGGGCCAGAAGAUAUUGGUGAUAUCUCUGGUAGCCGCCGCAGUUGCGGAGGCUCCAUACCACCUGCCACGUCCAGCUGCUCACGCGCCAUCCUUUAACUACGCACAACCACCGCCACUGCCGCCGCCGCUAUCACCAACGAUCCUGCAACAUUUAGCGCCACUUCCACAAUUGCCACAUCCUCAUUUACCAACACAGGCAUUCCAUUCUCAUCCCGUAUCUCAACCUCAUUCUGUUCAAUCAGGAUAUAGUUAUCCCCAGCCGGCACCUCAACCUCUUACCUCUCAUCAUCAAACGGCAAUACAGCCACAAAUAUCUUACCAGUCCCUACCGCACCCAGCUCCACAACCGAUUUCGGUAAGCUAUCUUCGACCUCAACAAAUUUAUCAACAACCUAGUAUAUCCUACAGUCAACCUCAAGUACAACUUCCCGUAACACCUAUACGUCCACUUCCUGCUUUAGUAACACCUCAGCAGCCAUCUCCAAUAACAUAUUAUCAACCACAACUUUAUACUCCUGAUCAUGGUUAUUCCUUCCAGCUACCACAAACUCAAUCCAGUUCAUUAAUAUCUCAGUUUCCUCUUCAAACCCAAUCGCACAGCAGUAUUCCUAUACCAUCUUUAUCAAGUUAUCAAGCUGAUUCAAAUUAUUAUAACACUGCGGCACAGAGUCAAACACAUAGAGAAGCCCUUGAUUCGACAGUCGUCAACCGAGUGCAAAACAUUAUAAAAGAAAACGAGCAUACAUCUGCGAAAGAAGCGGGAUUCCUGUCCUUGGUAUCGGGCGUGACUUUGGAAAAUGCUAAACCAAGUGUGGAAAUAUCUUCUUUUGUUCAGAACUCGCAUCUGCCAAGCCAGUCACAGACUUCAUCCUUUUCAACCAGUUCAUCGAGCUUGUCUUCAUCGGCCGCAUUAAGCCCAUCAGGAAGUUAUAGCUUACCAUCAAUUUCUACAGGUAGUCAAUCUAGUUCAAAUACCGGAAGUUUAAAUUUCCUACCAAAUACGCAACCUGCUACUUCUUAUGGAGCUCCGAAUUAA